AUGUGCGAGUCGCUGAGCCUGACGUCUUCCUUCCCAGACCUCCAGGUCGUCGAGACCGCGUGGAGAGUCAGCGCAUACCUGCCAGACGAGCCGCCUGAAUCAGUUUGCAAGCUGUUGGAGGAAGGGCUCAAGGAGUGGGAGGAGCAAGCGUCAGCUUCAGCGACUGCAGGGUCUGCAGAUAAGAAGAAGAAGAAGAAGAAGAAGAAGAAGAAGACAGAGGAUGAGACGGGGCAGGACGACGAGGAGGAUAAUUAA